GGAUGCACCGAUGGUAGAGCCAUCGGUUUAACCGGUGCAGCUGACUCUGUAUCCUUUUCGUCCAAUCAGUCGCGGCGAUCAUUUGAAUCCUUGAAAUAUAUUCUAUCUCUGGAUUUUCACUAUACUUUGGCACCUCGACAGUGGUUUGGACUUGUCAUCAUGAUGGUGAAUUGGACUUGGCAUCUCGACGAUAGAUUGAACAUUGCGUCUUGACGAUGAAUUAGACGUGUUGAAUUAUAUCUAUGGGAUCUAAAAACUCCUACAAUUGUGAUCUCACAAACUUGUUAGUCCUAUUGAUUAUGUUGUCGCUCAAUCACCAAAAUCAUGAACAAUAACUUAAAUGGGGCAAUGUUCUUUACAGUAGCAAGUACAUUUGCUGUACCUCACCGUUUUCCCGGAAGGCCACGUCAUCAGGACUACAAGCUUGGCUAGAAGAUGGGUUGCUGAGGGUCUGAUCACUGCUACUAGCAGUAACACAAGUACUACUGCAACUGAGCAAAUACAGAGUUCAACGGAUGAAGCUGAGCAUUGCCUGGAUGUGCUUUUCAAUCGAGGCUUUGUUUUUCCUCUGGAAAUCAGUGCCGAAGGUAACAUCAAGAGCUGUACAGUACAUCGUCAAGUCCGGGAGUUCAUCACCAGGGUUGCUAUGGACGUAAACUUUAUGGACUCGAGCCUACCACCACAUCUGGCUCGCUACCUUUCCAUCCACAACAGAUUAGCAUCUCCCCAGUGGCAACUGCCGAAAGUUCUGGACCUAGAGGGCUUCAAAGGAUUGGCUAAGAAGAAGAAUCUGAAGAGCAUCUGCAAGAUACUGUUGCUCAAGUAUUUGAGCCUCAGGAACACCGACGUCGCCGAAUUACCCAUGCAAAUAAAGGAGCUCCAGUGUCUGGAGACGCUGGAUAUCCGGCAGACAAAGGUACGCGUUUUCGCCACAAAGGCUAUUGUGCUUCCACUACUGAAACACUUCCUUGCCGGUGACAAGAUCUCUAUAAGCAUUGACGCUAGGAAAUCUGAAGGAUCAUUUUCAGCAGUAGAUAUGCCCAUCGGCAAUUCGGCAUUCACAGAAUGAACAACAUGGAGAUAUUAUCCCAUGUACAAGUCACCAACAGCAAUAGUGAUCGAGCUAACUGGCAUCGCUGAGCUGCUGAGACUGAGGAAACUUGGUGUAGAUCUUCGUGGUAAAAACGCCAAGCUGAGUGAUCUGUUCCGCCAAAUUGAGCAACUGCAUGGAAGACUCCGUUACUUAUCAGUACGGCUCGACCAACCAGCUGCUAGUGAGAAUCAUGGUGAUUUGACCCCUCCAAAGUUCAUUCAAGGCCUAAACAUCAGUGGCCUCACCAGUGGGCUACCUCAGACGAUUCGGCAGCUCCGUUAUCUUGUCAAGCUAUCCCUGACCGAGGCUUACUUGAAGGAAGAUGGUCUGUGUAUCCUCGGCAGGCUCCCUGGCCUGCUCUGCCUUAGGCUUCUGCACCAAUCAUACAUACAAAUUGGGCUCUCCUUCAAGGAAGAAGAAUUCCAGGCACUCAACUUUCUGCUCGUCGGAACUAGUGACGUCUCCAGCAUUACCUUUUCCAAUGGGGCAGCUCCAAAGCUCGAGAGGAUCAUUUGGUCUUUCUUUCCCACAACCGCACGCGUUUCUGGGAUCCACCACCUUCCUGAGCUGAGGGAGUUUGUGCUCAAUGGUGACUGCAACCCGGAUGAAGUGAUACAAGAAAUUGAGUUGCAUCCGAAUCUUCCUGUUUUCAAGCAUAAUCCAAAUGUUCAGAGGCAAGAAGACAUAGCUGCAGCAGCAUCAACCUCAUCCGCAUCAGCUUCAUGAAUACUCACUACUCUCCCUCAAACUCGAAGCUCGCUUGGGUAUUUCUCAUUUAAUUUUCUUGAAUAAAGAUGCAGCUGCUGGGAAAGCCUAGCGGUGAUCCCCGUUCAGCCUCGCAUGCAUCAGAGUGUGCAUUCCUUUACACUGCAGGUGUUGGUAUGUUUUCUGUUAUUUAUCUGCAUGUGUGCCGUGUGUUCGGUUUUUAGUCUCUUGACUGGAAACCCUUUUAUCUUGUUGUUGCAAUGUUGCUUUUCUGUGAAUAUGUGUGCCAGUUUGUGUGUAUGUCUGCGACUGGAUUUGUGUCUAUUCUUUCAAUUGUGUGAGAUGAUUGGCAAUGGAAUUACAGCUUGUA